AUUCUAGGGAUUUUGACCGAAUUGAAAUCUCAGCGGUUAACGUUUUGGUUGAAAAUCGAACGGUGAUGAUUUAAACUAAGUCAAAGGUCAAGAAAAUUAAACAAGAUAAUGAACGCCACGUGGCAGAAAGCUAAGGUCCUGAAGCUGGGAGUAGUAUCCACAGUUGGAGCAUUCUUCAUCAAUCAUAUAGUUUCUAAAUGUGUGUUCAUAUUUUUGGAUUGGAACCAUGAGCAGCUUCGCUAAUACUGGCGCCACCGCGACCCUCCUCCACGCCCGCAUUACCAAGCCCCGAAACUCUCAUAGCGGGAGCUCGGUAAUCCGAGCAUCGUUCGCAGGAGAGGAAGAUGCGACGAGUCGUAGAAAAGUUGUGACAACGUUUUUGGCUACUACACUGGGGGUGGGGGUGGUACAACAUGGCAUUGCCACUCCAUUGGGGCUAGCUCAGAAUUGGGGCACUCGUUCAUUUAUUAGGGAACGAUUCUUUGAGCCUGGCUUGUCGCCUGAAGAUGCAGUGCUUAGGAUUAGGCAAACUGCGGAAGGGUUACAUAGCAUUAGGGACAUGUUGGAGGCCAUGGCUUGGAGGUACCUCCUCUUUUAUGUUCGCCUAAAGUCGAACUAUCUUUCUCAAGAUGUGAAGAAUGCAAUGACUUUGGUGCCGGAAGUUAACCGUAAAGAAUACGCCAAGACGGCCAAUGAGUUGGUGGAUAACAUGGCAGAGUUGGAUUAUUAUAUACGGACGCCAAAGGUGUAUGAAUCAUACCUUUAUUACGAGAAGACGUUGAAAUCAAUAGAUGAUCUGGUGUUGCUGCUGGCCUAGUACAAUGUAGUCGACAUUUUGAUUCUAUUAUGUAG